ACCCAGUAUGCCCUGAGACCAGGAUCCAUAUGCACAGUUACUAGCAGAGAACUGUGAAAGAACAGUUAUUGACAGUUCAUUUAUAUAAACAUUUCGAUGACAUUUGACUGGUAAACAAUGUAAUCAAGAAGGGAGAGGGGAGGGGGGAGAGAGAUUAUCCAAUCAAGGAUUGUCAGAAACACAUGGCAAGCAAUUUACAAUUUGUUUUUUUUGUUGAGGCGCACCAUGGCAGCUCGUUCAAGCUACAAUGAGGAGAGGAACCUCCUUCGCAUCCAAGAGCGGGAGCGGCGGAAUCAGGGAACCUUCCAGGAGAAGGAGUUCUACCAGGAGACCGUUCCCCUAUUCGGGGAACCCUAUAAGACGAACAAAGGAGAUGAGCUGUCUAGCCGUAUCCAGAGGAUGCUGGGUAGUUAUGAGGAUGUGAACAAUCCCAACACUCAGUGUUUGGACAGCAGCUUCUCUAAGGACCCUCAAUCUCAUGUCACCACAAAGUAUGGGCGGCCAUCUCGCAGCCGAGACCGAGCGAAGCCUCCAUUCCAGAACCCUCCUCAGUACGGGGCAAGCCAGAGCCAGAGUAGUGGUCCGCCCCGUGGUAACCACUCUGGCCAGCCUCUGAAGAAGAUCCACGGUCCUUCCUCCUCCUACACCCAGUCCUCCCUGAGUCUCAGCCAGGGCCAGGCCUGCCCAGACCCACACCAGAGAAAGACUGAGCUCUGGCCAGACCUGAGGGAGUGUGCCAGUCUUCCUCCAGUCCUCUCCGCCCUGUCCCCCCCAGCCGAUCCCCUAUCCCCCCUACAUUCCAGUGACCCCAGCGACUCUGAACACCAGGACUCCCCCCUGCACCCUGAGAGGCUCCCGGCCUCUCCCCUACACCCUGACUCACACUUCCCCAUGGUCCCCCUGGAUGACCCCCAGAGAGACAUCCCACCUCCGGCCAUCGAUGGAGCAACCCUACCCUCUCAGACCUUCCCUCCACCCCUGGCCUCCAAACCCAACCUGGUCAUGCCCCAGAAGCCAACAGCCUACGUCCGGCCCAUGGACGGCCAGGACCAGGUGACCAGCGAGUCUCCGGACCUCAAGCCCUCUCCAGAAGACUUCCAUGGGCAGUCUUAUCAUGAACCCUUACCAGACUUGAAAAGCACCAAGCCCAGCCUUUCCAAACUGAAGAUACCAUCACAGUCUAUAGAGACGCUGUCACAUGAAGCUGACUGUGUGGAAGACAUUCUGAGGGAAAUGACCCACUCCUGGCCUCCUCUCCUGACUGCCAUUCAGACGCCCAGCACAGUUGAGCCCUCCAAGUUCUCCUUCCCAGUCAAGGAAGCACAGCAUGUCCCACCUGCGUCUCCAGGACAAAAACACUAUGGAUCACCUCCACUAGCCCCGCCCUCCAUCUGUCAACAGAGCUCAUGUACGGUUACAGCAGCACAUUCCAGUGGGGUGGAGUCAGCCAGCUCCAGUGACUCUGAGAGCAGCUCAGGGUCGGAGUCAGGCAGUGAGAGCAGUGAGAGUGGGACAGAGGCCCCCCCACAGCCCCUCAGGAGUAGUAGCCCACCUGUGACAAAGACGGAGGGCCCCGUGGUGACUAACUGGCAGUUGAACAACUGGAUCAGAGUGAGCCAGCAGAACCCCAGCACAGAGAGCCAGAGUGACGCUCUACUGAGCCCUCUACCCAAACAGCAGCAGAGCCAUGAGGAGGAGGCCAUUCCUCCCAGGGACUACAAAUCCCACACACCCCCACGUCGCUCAGAGUUCAGUGACGGCGAAGCCAAACCUCAACGCAGUGAAGAAGCUGCCCACAACCAGCAUGUCCAACACAAGUCCCCGGGCGUUUCGCACGUUGGGAACAACAGCAGCAGCAGCAGCCAGAGAAAGACAGUGGGGAACAAACACCCUUCCAGACCAGCCAAGGCUCCCAGACCUGAAGACCCUCAGGCUGGGUUACAGGUGGAGAGUGUGGAGGUGGUCCCCCGUGACAAAGACACCUCGUUCACAGACAAGCCAAAGGUCAAAACGAAAACCGGCCACAGCAAUAGCAAGAGCAGCGGAGCCAAAACAAACAGCAGGAAGCCUGCCAAACGUGGCACCUCUGAGAAGAAGACCGAACAACCAGAGUCACAGGGUGGCCCCAAGGUGACUCUGGUGCUGGACUGUAAGCGGGAGAAGUCUCCUAGUCCCAGUCCUGCCCAGGAGGUAGACCAGCCAGCCCCAGCUGUGGUGAAGACCAUCAGUGUCAGGACGGAGACCCUCCCGGCCCCUCAGAAGGGCCAAAAGAAGCCCCGGCGCCACUCUCUAGACCCAGCACACAAGGCCAAGCGGGAGUCCUCAGCCAAAGCUUCCAGGGUCUGCCAAGGUCCUCCACGGGCCCUGCUGGUAAAGAUAGAAUUGAGCCUGCUGUCCAGGGUUCCCUCCCAGGGCUCCAGGCCUUCUUCAGGGGGCCAGGAGCCAGUCAUCAGGAAGGGACCCAACACGGCCCCAGAGAGAGGGGACACCAACCCUGCUGCCCCCAUCCCUACCAAAGUCUGCAAGAAGAGACCGGCUGAGAAGGAUGUGAAAACCGUGCCAAGGAAGAAGCCAAAGCUGCAGAAAGAUCUUAAACCCUCCACUUCAGGUCCUGGUUCCCGCAAGUCUGAGACUGAGAGGAAGCGGUCUAAGGGGGCUCCUGUCCCUCUGCUGCAGCCCACCACCACUCAGGAUCCUGGGAAAGGGCAGGGGGGCCACAAACGACAUGCGGUGGAUGCCCCAGAGCCUAGCACAGCAUCUGCAGCCCGCCGCAGGGACAGGGAGGCCUCCACACCUGUCAAGCACAAGAAGAGCACUGGAAAACAACGCACAGAGCAUGCCAAGAAAGUCCUCAAGAGCAGCGUUGCCUUCUCCGUGCCUUCCCAGCCCACCGGGGCCGCCCUGUCCUCCAGACCCCUGCUCCGGUUCGAAGAGCGGCAGCAGCCAGUGGAGUAUCACAUGAAGGAAGCCAAAACACUCAAGCACAAGGCAGAUGCCACGCCGGAUAAGGUGGGCAAAGCUUUCAACUACCUAGAUGCUGCCAUGUCCUUCGUGGAGAGUGGCAUCGCUAUGGAAACCGAUCCCCAGACCCCGAAGUCGGCGUAUACGAUGUUCGCUGAAACCUUGGAUCUGAUCAAGUUCAUACUGAAACUAAAGGGCUCUGUGAACCCCUCGGCUCCUGCUACAGACAAGGACUUUACAGUUUUAUGCAUGAGGGGCCUGUCCCUUCUACAGAUGGCCAUGUUUCGCUACAAACGAGAAGCAGCACUUAAGUAUUCAAGGACCCUGACAGAUCAUUUCAAGAGUUCUAUAAAGUCUGCAACCCAGGCUCCUUCACCAUGUGUCUCAAAAAGCACAGGUACCCCAUCCCCCAUGUCUCCCAUGCCAUCUCCUGCCAGCACAGCCAGUUCUGGGCCGGGCUCCAACCACAGCAGCGGGGCGGGGGCAGGCACCGUCAGCACCGUGGCCAUUCCACAGGUCAUCCAGCAGGUGGCGUCUUCCUACGUCAACAUCACGGCACUCUUCCUGAGUGCUCACGACAUCUGGGAGCAGGCUGACGAGCUGGCCCACAAAGGCAGUGGUUUGCUGUCUGAGUUGGACUUGGCUCUGGGCCCGUUGAGCCUGACGUCCACCAUGAGCUCUUUGGUGCGUCACACACGGCAGGGACUGCAGUGGCUCCGACUGGACACCCGUGAGGCACAGUGACCGCUUCUCAGCCCUGCCCUGUCGACAAUGCCGAGCCCAGCCCUGGCUUUCCCUGUCCACGACAUCCUUCUUGGUUUUAUUUAUUGACGGGCCAUCAGAUGAAUGCAGGAUCCCAAGUCCCUCUGCAAGUUGUUCACAUGGAUACCAAGUCACCUUUUUUUCUCUCAACUACAUAUAUCUAUAUAAAUAUAUCUAUCUCACACACACACAGAUUACAUGCGUUUUUGGGUCCCUGUCCUCUGUUGGUCACAUUGAAGGGUCCAUCAACAAACAACUAUCACAUCCUCUGGAGCUCAGGGAGGGCUGAUGGAGGCGGAGCUGAGUAGGACUUCCUCCCAUUCUCAACAACGAGCCACACAGCCAGCUGACUUGCCCUGCCACCCCUCUGGGGGUCAGUAGGGGUGUCUCCCCGUGGCCUGCCCCACCCCUCUGGGGGUCAGUAGGGGUGUCUCCCUGUGGCCUGCCCCGCCCCUCUGGGGGUCAGUAGGGGUGUCUCCCCGUGGCCUGCCCCACCCCUCUGGGGGUCAGUAGGGGUGUCUUCCCAAGGCCUGCCCCACCCCUCUGGGGGUCAGGAGGGCUGUCUCCCCGUGGCCUGCCCCACCCCUCUGGGGGUCAGGAGGGCUGUCUCCCCGUGGCCUGCCCCGCCCCUCUGGGGGUCAGUAAGACUGUCUCCCCGUGGCCUGCCCCGCCCCUCUGGGGGUCAGUAAGACUGUCUCCCGGUGGCCUGCCCCGCCCCUCUGGGGGUCAGUAAGACUGUCUCCCGGUGGCCUGCCCCGCCCCUCUGGGGGUCAGUAAGACUGUCUCCCCGUGGCCUGCCCCGCCCCUCUGGGGGUCAGUAAGACUGUCUCCCAGUGGCCUGCCCCGCCCCUCUGGGGGUCAGUAAGACUGUCUCCCAGUGGCCUGCUCAACCCCUCUGGGUCCUGUCUGUCUUGGAGGUCAGUGAGGCCAUGUCCCUGCGGGAUGGUUGUCUGAAGAUACCUGCUUUUUCUUUGGUUGUGGUUCAGAGAGGCCUCUCACCUUUCUCCUGUGGUAAUGCGAAGCAGUAAUGACAAAAGCUUAUUUACUAGCCUCAUUAUCAUUUAUUAUUAUAUCACUUUAAAUAUAUUGUUUCAAUUACGUUUGUUUUUUUUUGUUUUUUUUUGAUUAAAAGCGUUGAUAUGGCCAAUUGUUUUACUUCACAACCAACUAAAAAGUCCUAUAGAAGUGAAGGGAUCUAUCCAUCCAAGACACGUCUAUAAUAAUACUGUUCGAAUUCGGCAGGAUAUAGUUAGUAUGUCUCUGCUGUACCAUAAAGUAUUAUAAAGUGACUUGAUGCAUUGUCCUGAAAUAUGGGACGGCAGUAUUCUUGAAUGGAGACAAAGAUAGUCCUUGAUGCUUUUUUUGUGAAGAUAUAUUAUUCUUUCCCCCCCACCCCCAUUUUUCUCUUCAAAGGAGAUGGAUUCUACGUGCCAGGGCGGGUCCACUAUGUUCAAUCAGUCAUAACAGAAAUAUGAUUUGAGUUGGAUUUUGUACUUGCUUUCCCUUUUUGGUCAACAACUGCUCAUCUAAGACAUUUUAGAUAAGAAAACCAAAUGGUCUGAUUUGACCUGUAGCCCUGGUCCUUUACUCUUCAGACAGGAAGCAGGAAGUAACUACCUCAUCUUCACUGCACAUGGGAAGCAGAGCAACGCUGUCUGAUGGAGGCAGAGGGAGAGAGAGGGAGGGACCUGUGGCCUAAUGUGAUGGUUGAGAGCGUUUUCUCUAGUUCUGUAAUCUAUCCAGCAUACAUGCUUUUAACACUCAGGCUGAAGCUGCGCAUCAAACCAGUUUUUAUACAGACGUGGCAUCGUUCAGUAGAAAUAAAAGUGCCUUAGAUGGGUUUUUUUAAGGACACUUGCCGUCUGUCUCCCCAAAUGGAAUACUUAUUGAAUAUAGCAUCAUCUUGUAUUGAUCAUUGACAAAAGCAAGUCCCAUUUAACUGAAGUUAAAAGUGGAUUUAGUAAUGUGGUCAGAGUUUUGAAAAGCAGGAUACUCUUCCCUUUACGGACAGCCGUGACCGUUGGAAAUGAUUCACUGUAUAGGACUGGCUACCUGUGAGGAAGCGUUGACCGGCUGUUUAGUUUACAUCAUUUGCGUAGCUCUGGUGUCACAUCUUGUGCGUACAUACAAUAACGGCCCAGGUCAUUCGAAAAUAACACUUAUCAACACAUCUAAAUGAUUGCCGGGUUUUUUUGUUGUUUUUUUUUCGUAUGGAAGUCGAAAAUACAGUUUCAUGUACCACACAGGUCAGCAGAAGUGACUGGGCAAAUGAUUGGCUAAAUCUUACAACUGGUCUUUGACCCUAUUGCCCAUUUUAUCUCUUCAGUACCUAUUACCACCAUUUUUAGACCACCCAACUCCCUCGAUGAUGACAUGAUGUGCGUCCCAAAUUGCACCCUAAUUCCCUAUAUAGUGCACUAUUUUUUUUUUUUUAGAUUAUUUUUUUUGGACCAAGUAGUCUACUAUAUAGGGAACAGGGUCCAAUUUGGACAAAGACUGUCUUUAGAGGAGUAUUUUUAUCGUGGACGUUUAUCUUCAUUGUGUGUGUUCAGCACCGUCUCUUCAUUGAGAUCAAAGAUUACCAGACCUAGACAAUGCCUUUCUGUAGAAUGAAUUGACAUCAUUUCCCUUUAAAAGCGCCCUGUUCAAUUUCUGUAGAAUGAAUGACUUUGGUAUUUGUUUUUCUGAUUUCAAAAAAAGGUGGGGGGUUUGAUGAUAUUACAAUUACACACUUGUAUUUGAUUAAAUCAGUGGAUUAUUUCAUGUUUAACGGAUGUUAUUGAUGGCGAAAUACUAGCGAUCCUUAUUAUUUUGUAUCAGUCAAUCAAUAUUCUGAUAUUUAAGCCUAUACAACCCUGCCUCUCUCUCAUUUCAGCAUUAACACAACAAUGCUUACAGCAAGAUAAAAACCAACGUGUGUCAUUUGCACUUGUUUCCGUGUAUUUUCCGGUUUCCUUCAGGGUUUCUCCUCCAGGGUUGGAGUCCUCUUGCUUGUUGCAAGGCUUUGGUUAAGAGCAAUAAAACAGGGCGGCGAAUGCAAAACGAUACAUAGAACAUUAAUAAAAUACUGUUUUUGAUGAAAGAUUGGAGAUUGGUUUACAUCACCAUGCUUUGCUUAAAAUUGACUAAAUCUGUGCCGUUUAGUUAAAUGAAUUGUUUUAUUGUUACUAUACUGUAAAAAAAAAAAAAAGAAAUUGGAGCUCACUGGAAAAGCUAUUUCUAUUGGCGUACAAAUAUAUAAGGGCUGCACAUGAAACCACAAAAGAAAAAUGAGUUUGUAUUUAUUUUAUCACAAAUAUGAACCGUAUGAAUAGAGUAUACUGGUACCAUGGCUUUUUUUUAAAUAUAUAUAUAUAUAUAUAUUUUAAAAAUCCCCCUCCAAAGUAGGCUGCUUUGUAAGUAAUCAAUCAUACUUUGAGUUACCCAACUUGGAUGUCAAACUGCACAUGAAAUGAAAUGUUGUCCUGUUUUGAGAUGACAUUCUACAUUUUGUACUGACUAAAACGUUGCUCUGGUUUCUAUGUCAUGUUACAUGUCCUUUUCAUAUUUUUGAAGCUUUAUUGUCAUGCUUCAUUUCAAUCUUUUUUUUUUCUUCUUUUUUUUGCGCUUCAGUUAUAGGUAUUCUGUGUGCAGAAUUAUAAUUAUUGUCCAUAAAUAUAUGAUAUCACGCUAAAAGGAACAACAUCACUUUGGUCAUUUACUGGGAAAAUGUGCAGAAAUCUUUUGUAAUUAAACUUUUUUGCCUUGUGGAAAUAUGUAAAUAGUUUGAGCUGCAAUGUACAGAGAUGUAUAAAGACCGAUUGACAAUGAAUUUUGGUUUUCUUUUGACUCAAGUUUUCCCAAAGAUGCUGUUUUGCAGACAUUUUGUAGCUUGGCUGCUGAAGAUGAAUUGUGGCUCAACAGUAUAUUCAGACCUCUGCACUGUAAAAUGUUUGAGGCAAUAAACUUUGGGGGACAAUG